AUGAUCCAGGACCAGUUGGAUGCCAUUAACAACGAAAUCAAGCUGAUUCAGGAAGAGAAGCAGAACACGGAACAGCUGGCUGAAGAACUGGAGUCACGAGUUGGUGGUGGUGGCGGCGGUGGUGGUGCCGGUGGUCACCAGACAUACCUCUACGACCCCAUGCUUGGCGGCGGCGGCGGCGGCGGUAGU